ACAGCCGCCAUUUGCGGGCAGAAAAGAUGUCUGAUAUGAGAAAUAUUCGUGAUAUAUAACAACAAAUUUUCGUGUUAUUAGAUUGACUUAAUAACCAUGGCAACCAGAGUAGGCAGCCGUGUGGAAGUAAUUGGUAAAGGUUUACAUGGAAAAGUGGCAUAUGUAGGAUCUACAUUAUUUGCAAGUGGUAAAUGGAUUGGUAUUAUAUUGGAUGAUGCUAAGGGUAAGAACAAUGGCACUGUUCAAGGGAAACGUUACUUCAAUUGCCAAGAUAACCAUGGUAUAUUUGUAAGGCAGUCACAGAUCAGCUUGUUAGAAGAAGGAAGUACACCGUCAUCUAGUAAUGCUUCUCCAACACCAUCACCAACACCCACACCAACUCCAGAACCUGUAAAGCCAGAGAAAACAGCCACGCCAAGACCAACUGCUUUGAAAUUACCUGAACGACAUGGAGAACGAGAUGGACAGAAGACAAAAUCCCUCUCCAAAAAGAGCCUUGCAAACUCAGCUAAAAAAGAAGUCAGAGAAGUUCAAGAAGUCCAAGUUGAGAAGCUGGAGCCCGGUCCUCCACCACAAGCUGCAGCAUCACUGGACAGCGGAGUGGGACAGAACAAAGUAUUGGAAUUGCAACUAGAGAAUGUCAAGCUGCAACAAGAGUUGGAUAGCUCUAAAGCUGAUGUUACAGAUCUGUAUGAAAAACUGGAGACAUUGAAGAUCAAAAGAAAUGAAGAUAAAGUCAAACUCAAAGAGUAUGAGAAAGUUAGAAUUCAGUUACAGCAGAUGCAGGAACAUAAAUCCAAGAUGGCUGAAGCACAGUCAGAUUUGAUGAGACAACUCCAAGAAGCUAAAAGGACUGCAAAGGAAGCACUGGAAGAGAGAGAUAGAAUGGAGGAACAGUCAUCAGAAGUCUUGGAAACCAUAGAGAUGGCUACCUUGGAUAAAGAAAUGGCUGAAGAAAAGACCGACACCUUACAGAAAGAACUGGAUGAAUACAAGGACAGAUUGGAAGAAGCAGUUACUGAAUUAGAAAUUCUUAAAAGUGAGAUCGAAGAAGGAGGUGCGGAUGGCGUGGCUAAUACUUACCAGAUGAAACAGAUGGAACAACAGAAUCAGAGGCUAAAAGAAGCCUUAGUCAAAAUGCGGGAUUUAUUAGCAAAUGAAAAACAGGAAUUUCAAAAAAUGAUGAAGGAAAAAGAAAAAUUAUCAUCAGAUUAUCGAGAUUUAAAGAAUUCCAAAGAGCGAAUCACCAAGGAUUAUAAGGAAGCAGAGAAUCAACUGAUUGAAUUACAGGAACAGGUGGAUGCUGCCCUCGGUGCUGAAGAGAUGGUAGAAACUUUGACUGACAAGAACCUGGCACUUGAAGAUAAAGUCAAAGAAAUGGAAGAAACAAUUAAUGAUCUUGAACAACUCGCAGAUAUGAAUGAGGAGCUACAGGAAAGUAGUAGAGACACAGAAAUGGAGCUAAGAGAAGAACUUGAUAUGACCAAUAAUAAAGUUACAGAAGCAUAUCACAAACUGGAAGCUAGCCAAGAAACCAUUGCUGAUUUACAGGCAACUAUUAAUAAAUUCAGAGAGUUGACAACAUCACUACAGGAAAAGAACCGUGAAUUACGAAGUAAACAAAUGGAAUCUGAAUCUGAAUCAGUACCAGAUCUUAUGUCUCCUGAACAACCACAAUUUGAUUUCAAGGUCAAGUUUGCUGAAGCCCAAGCACAUGCAAAGGCGGUUGAAAUGGAAUUGAGAAAGUUGGAAGUACAGCAAGCUAAUCAACACAUUAAUUAUCUGUGUUCUUUCAUGCCUGAUACAUUCCUCAGACGAGGAGGUGAUCAUGACUGUAUACAAGUAUUAUUGUUGAUUCCAAGAUUAAGAUCUAAAGCUGCAUUAAUUAUAAAUCAGAUCAGAGACAAGUGUGAAAUUCCUGAGAAACUAGAUCGAGAAAUGGUUGUAAAGACGACCAUGUCUGACCAGUUAGCAUACUACAACUAUCUCACCUACUUGCUUGUACGGCUGCAAUCCAUUCUUCAUAGAUAUGAAAGAGCCUUGACAACAUGUGAUGUAGACCUGUACUGUAAAGUUGGUACUUUAUAUCCUGAAAUGGCACAACAUGAGAGGGCUUUAGAUUUGUUGAUUGAUUAUCUGAGGAAGGACCAGGUUUGUUGA